AUGGGCAAGAGAGCGGAGUUCACCCGAUCCCGCUUCAAGGAGGUGAAGCAGAAGCACGAAGAGCGCAUGCAGCGUUCACGAGCGGAGCGGGACCGGCGCCAUGGCAUCGACAAGUCAGAGCGCAAGGUGGACAAGGUUAUUGUGCAACGACCCCUCCCGAACGAAACACAGCAGGCGCUUCUGCUUUCUCAGUUUGCCCAAGCGUGCCGACUGGCCGCUUCCAGCACGGAUAUGUGCACCCUAAUGCGUCACUACGCCAAGGUGGGAGAGGCAGCAGAGCAGACGAACAAGUCGACGACAGCGGUCACAACAGAUGCGCCAUCGACGAAGUCUACCACGCGCAAGCGCAAGCGUGACAAGGAGGGCGAGGAGGCACCCGCAGCAGGUGCCGCCUUCCUCGACAGCGUUGCAGAGGCGCUGCUGCAGACCCAAAACGCACCGGUGGUUGUGGAAGAAGCGGCGGCCAGCGGGAAGGACGGGGAGAAUGCUGUGGACAACGAUGAUGACGAGGACACAAUGACGGUGCUGCAGGACAUCCUGCAGGAUGACAGCGGCCGCCGUGUGGUCUCCACCCUCCUGGCCUCCUUGAACGCAGUGCAUAGCAGCAAGUGCGAGGCGGUAGCCAAGGCCGUGCUGGAGCAGUUUGAAGAGAACGAGCACCUCCCACAGCACCACGUGGCGUGUCGUGUCAUGAGCGCCCUCGUGCAGUUCGGUUCAGAUCCCACGCGGCAGGGUGUUCUGAACCUUCUGCGCCAGCGCAGCACAACCAUCGAGGGGGUGGAACACUUGCUCUCUGACCGCCACACCGCUGGCACCAUCGAGCAGCUCCUGAAGAGCUACGGUCGGGCGACGGCCGCCUGGCUGUGCGAGGUGCUCUCCCUCUCCACUCGUGCGACCUCGCCUGCUGCAGAACUCCGGGGCACGAAAAGGAAGGGCACCAAACAGCGCGACGCGGCCGCUGAGGAUGCGGCGUCUGGCGAAGACAUCACCACCGAAAAGCUUAUGGAGCUCGUUAACGGUCCGGUGUCAGGCCAGGUGCUUCUUCAACUGACCCACACCGACGCCCGUCGAGAGCUGCUGAAGCGCCUCCCUAUCACUGACCUCCUCCGGAGCAAGCGCGGCACCGCGUUCCUCACGCAGUUGUUGACGCUGACUCCCCCCGCCGCCUCAGGUGAGGGUUCUGAGAGCAGAGAAACAGAGGCGGCGGCUCUCUUUAGCGACGUACUGGAGUGUCUUGGGAAUGACCUGGGCGAGAUGGCGAUCGACAAGCGUGCAAACUUCGUUGUUCAGGCGCUGGUUCAGCUUCUGCCAGCCAUGGGACCUCAGAGCACGAAGCAGCUGGAACGCCUGGUGCGCGGGCUGGGAGGCGCCGCCGGUAUCUCUGCUUUGGCGGCGCACGGCAACGGUGUGCACGUCGUCUUGUCCCUCAUCGACGCUGCCCUGAAACUCCCUUUGAAAUCUGCAGUAGAGGCCCUGGCGGAGCAGCUGGUCACACGGCACAAUAUCACCGACCUUCUGCAUCACAAGCACGGGAGCCUCGUGGUGCGUCGCCUCAUGCCUCUCACCUCCUGCAAGACCUCCAAGGUGGGCAUCCUUCUCCAGGGCGUGGUGGAGCAGGACCUGUCGAAUCUGGUCUACACGGAGGCUGGCAACUUGGUCGUGACGGCCUACCUCACUGCGCUUGGCCAAUCGGGAGCGUCGUUGCUGGCGCAGAAGCUGACCAGAGGUGAGGAUCUGUUGUCCAUGUGUCGCAGUCCGUACGCGUCACAUGUGGUGUUCGCUUUGUUCGAGCUGGUGGACCCCACAACCCACACACUUCUGUGCAACGCGCUGAAACCGCACGUCCUGUCCCUGUCGACACACGUGAACGGCCGCUUCAUUGUAGAGAAGAUGAUCGAAGCCAGCCGUGAUGUGCGCGAGAGCGUGUCGCGCCAGUUUCUCUCGUUAGCCCAGGAGCGAGGCACGCAGCACCUGCUCUGUGCACUGCUUGCCAGAAUGGAUGCCCGUGGCAAGCAGACGUGCUUGGAGAAGACGAUUAUGCCCAACCUUACCGCCCUUGCCACCCACCAGUGCGGUUCGAUUGUGUUGCAGAGGCUGAUGCAAGCGGAGCCGACAGUGCUGUCGGCGGUGCGGCAGUGUCUCUCCGCAAACUCACUGGUGCGCAACGACUUGGCGCAGAACUUCUUUGGCAAAUUUGUGGUUCAGAUUGCGCAGCUAUCCCAGCCGGAGUAA